GCCGUCAAACCUCGCCCGCGCAAGCGAAGACGCACUGCCGGAGGGGCGGGCGAGGACUGCUGGACCUGUAAACGCCGCGCCGUGCCCUGCGACCGCAAACGACCCUAUUGCUCCCAAUGCCUCGAGAUCGGGAGGGAAUGCUCGGGCUACAAGACGCAGUUGAGCUGGGGCGUCGGCGUGGCCAGCAGAGGCAAACUGCGCGGCCUCUCCUGCCCCGUCAUCGACAAGAACGUCGACUCCAGCCCGGUCAGCCCAAUGGACAGUGUGGCCGACGCGGGUGCAAGACAUCAUCGCACCGCCUCGACGACACGCAUCAAGUUUGAAGACGACGUCAAUCCUGCACCCACCUCCACCUCAGCUGCACUCCAUCCCACCACGGCCGCCCUCUCUGCUUCUCCUUCACCUCGCCUCGCCGACAACCUUCCGGCCUCCUUUCCCUCCCAAAUCCAUCCUCAUACCCCGUCGCCCGAGCCUCCGGCCAGCAACUACAUGUUCGGAAAUGCCCCGUUUCCCGCUUUCGAGCCUGUCGCCUCGCUUCCAUCGCCCACGACCGGUGUCGCGCAGCUCAGUCUCCCAACCCUUGACCCUCCAUAUCCCCAGCACGACUUCUUUCCUUCCUCGACUUACAUGGUCCCCACAAGUCUGUCGCUCUACGACCAACAACAACCCGCCCUUCCUGUCCUCGACUCUUCCGCCGCCCACCAAGCAGAGGUGCACCAUUUCAACGGCAAUGCCGCCCUUCUCCAUUCCAACCCUCCCACCAGCCUCGCACUCACCUACACUUCGCUCGCCGCCCCCACCGCAUCCUUCGAUGAUUCUGAGCAAGUGGAGGAUGGCCAGGAAUUAAUGCUCUUCGACCCUCGCUUCGCCAACCCCUUCUUCUCCCUCCCACCUCGCCUCCAAUCCCUCAUGGAGUUCUACGACCGCCACGUCUGCCCACAUCUCGUUGCCGUCGACGGGCAUGACAACCCCUACCGCACCUACGUCCUCCAGCUCGCCCUCCACAACCAAGGCCUCCAAAAUGCCGUGGCCGCGCUGGCGUGCAACAAUCUGCGCAUGCGGAGGAAAGAGCACCGACUCAUGGGCUUCGUGCAGGAUAUCCCCGAUGACUUGACAUCCGUCAACGACACGACCGCGGAGGAGGCGAUGCACAAGCAAAUGUCCAUCGAGCAGCUCAACAUGCAACUCGCCGACCGCCGCUCGGCACGAGACGACUCCGUCCUCGCCACCUUGCUCAUCCUCUGCCUCUAUCACGUCUGCGACUCCGGCUUCAGCAAGUUCCGCACGCAGCUGGCCGGCGUGCAGAAGGUGCUGGCCUUCCGCGACCCCAAAACUCACACCGCCUUCACCCGCUGGGUCCACGUCUUCUUUGCCUGGUUCGAUGUCAUGACGAGCACCGUCAACGACCGCGAGACGGAGAUUAAGGGCAAUGCACCUGCAAUGCUCACCGGCGUUUCCGGGCUCGGGGCCAUGGAGCAGUUUUCGGGGUGUGAUGGACGGUUGUUCAUGUUGAUUGCGAAACUCGGCCGGCUCAACCUUCUCGCGCAAGGGCGAAGUGUCAAACUUCCAGGCGGCAGACAGCAGCAGCAGCAGCAACACUCCCAACAACAAAGACCAAACGACUCCGCCCCGCAACUUCACCCAAAGAGAAAACGCGCCAACCCCGACUUCUCCAACCCCCGCACUCUCACCCUCGCCGACUACGCCAACAUGGAUGGAAACGGCUGGGGCACACCCAUCGUCUCCGCCUCCGACACCUCCGAUGACGAUUCCGACGCCGACACCACCACCGGCAGCCACGAUGAGCGCGCCGAAUUUUGGUCCGAAUGGCGCACCAUCCGCAACGCGCUGGAAUCGCUCCAUCUCGAGCUGCAAACCGACCACCUCGCCAACGAACCCCCCGGCCCAGCUGGAGUCUCCCCCGCAGCCCCGUCCGAAUACGCCGACCUCUUCCACAUCAACCAAGCCUUCCGCCACGCCGCCCUCCUCUACACCGAACGCCUCGCCCACCCGCACCGCCCCUCCGCCCACCCAUCCUUCCAAACCCUCGUCCAGGCCGCGCUGCAACAACACAUCUCCGCCAUCCCGCUCUCCAGCCGCGUCAACAAGUUCCUCCUCUGGCCCCUCUUCAUCAUCGGCACCGAGUGCGUGGACGCGCAGCAGCGGUUCAUCAUCCGCUGUCGCUGCGUCGAACUCUCGCGCGAAUCCGGCUUCUACAACAACCUCUCCGCCCUGGACGUGCUGGAGAAGGUGUGGGCCGAGGCGGACGCGGAGGCCGGCGCGGGCUUUGGGAUUGCGGGGGAGAGGCGCGCGCGCAGGAGGGACUCGAGGGGUGGGCAGCAGAGUGGGCGGGCGCAUGGGGGGAAACUGGAGGGUGCAGCGGUGUGGAGACCGUAUGGGCAGGCUUUCCGGUGGAGGAAGGCGAUGGAUCGGGUGGAUGGGGAGUAUAUUGUAAUCUAA